UGUGAUUAUUUUGAAGUUGCAGUAGUGUGUGCACUAGUGUUUACGAUUGCAGUUUCUGCUUUCGUUCUCGGACGCAUCUAGAGUCUUUGUGUAUACAGAAAUAAGUCGAAUUUUUAAAAGGUUUAAGAUAAUGAUAGUUUCUUUUCAUUUGUCGACAAAUAAAUUCUAGUCAACGGAUUAGGGACUUUUUCAGUGCGUUUUCAAAAUAAACAAACUUGUUGCCAAGUAGAGUAAUGGCCUCGCGAUGUAAACAGAGUCAUUGCCUGGAUAGGGUAGUUUUAUACUUUCAAAAUAAUAGUUGAAAGUUUUUGAGCAUUAUUGUGUAUUUAUUUAUCUUGUACCAGAAAGAUUAGUCGCAGUUAUUCGUUUAUAUAAGGAUUUUCGAAAUAUUAAAUGAAACCAUUUUUUUAUGAAAUGACUGAGAUUCCAAAAUGAAUUUUGGUUUCAGUAGAAUCGUAGUGCAAUUAUGCAGCGUUGCCCGUAUCUCUACGAGAUGAAAGAAAGACUGCUCGAGGACACAAUUCCUAUGAAAAUAAUCAUGCCCAAAGAAGUUCCACCACCAUGUCCUCCUUUACCAAAGGACCAACAACCACUCAUCGUUCAGCAUAAGCCAGUUGCGACUAUAGUCAAAAUAGAUAAUGCUGGGCUAACCCACACUACCCCAACGCACUGCACUGCCGAUCAGACCCCUCUUGUGCCCGAGAAACCGGAAAGCAAGUUUUUCCCCAUUUGUCAGAAGAUAUUUCCAAAAAAUGCAAAGACAUCCCUGUUCAUUGUAACAAGUUUCGUCUACGCCAAACUUCUAGUCGUAAUAUGCAUCGCUUACGUAAUUUCGGAUAUAGUGACGCACAACAUACCCCCGUACUACUACGAAGGAUUUUUCACUUACCUUUACGGUUUUAGCAUUCUUUUCUUGCUGUACGUUUUCUGCUUUUUAUUGCAAGAAAGCUCUUGUUGUUCUGGAAAUGAAAAACAACCAAAGCCAGUUCCGAAAAAGAAUGUGAAAGACAAGGAAGUUAAAAAUAAAAAGGAAAAAGAUGAUAAAGAAAAAAAGAAAAAAGAAGCCGAAGCACAAAAAAAGCAGAAGAAAGAAAAGAAAGAUAAAAAGGAUAAGAAGCAGGAGAAGAGCACCUACCGGCGCAACUCUGAAGGGGUGGUUGACGCAGGCCUGGCAGCCGUGCCUGUGCCUGUAGAAGAAAUAACUCAAUCUCAAGCUGCUACUGUUGUAUCACAGGAACAGCCUCCUGUCGCUCCAGCAGCUCCAGCGGCUCCUGGUGCUACAACUGCACAACAAACUACUCGUCAGCCUACUCCACCUGCCGAUUCAGUAGCCAUAGAAUCCAGUUCAGAUUCGAAGAUCAAAUGUAAGCGCAAGACUUCACAGAACGAUCACAGUCACGGAAGUUUUUUCUUGAGAAUUGGUGCAAUAGCUUUUGGGUUGGGAACUAUGAUUUACAUCGGAUUGGAGUUUGGAGUAUUCUUCGAGGUACCGUUCAACUCUCCCUGUUACAUGAUCCUGAAGGGGGUAAAUCCUACGUUGCAGAUGAUAUUUACCUUUAUGCAAAUGUACUUCAUUUUUAUGAAUUCACGGCUCAAUAUACAUCGUUUUAAAGUGAUAGCACGGUUUGGAUUGAUGCAUAUAGUCGCUACGAAUAUUUGUGUAUGGAUUCGAACAUUCUUUAUAGAAUAUUUGAAAGAUAUUACAAAAUAUCAUUUAAAAUUUAACAAUUCUACAAACUUGUCUAGCGAAGAAGCAUUUUCAGAAAGUGUAAAGGCACAUAACUUACGAAAUGUGAACACUGUUCUAGGAAGUCACAAAGCAAUACCGGAUAAGGUACUGCAAACAACCACUUCCUUUACAACGUUACCUCCAGUUUCUACGACCGUAGCAACAUUCUUCAAUAAAAUAAUUACGACAUUGAGACCUUCCCCACAUAAUCCAAAUCCAUGGUAUUUUCCAACAACCACAACUGUUAAGAACAGUCCUGGAAACUUGUGGAAAAUGGUCACUACUACCACUUCAUCAACCAGUACUACAACUACAACAACUACGCCUUCCCCUACAACUACUAGAAUCAUUCCGAAAACAACAGUAGCUAGAGUUUGGAGAGCUAUCACAACAAGUUUGAGUUCAAGUGCCACUUCUAGUGCUACUACGACCACAAUUAGUACUACUCCUCCUAUUACUUCAAAAGCUACUUUCACUACUCCAACCACUACUGCGUUACCUACCACAAUUUCUUUCCACAAUUUAUUCGAUUCUAGUCUAGUUCGAAGUAUUACGGCUGACAAUAUCAACAGUGCCUCUGAGAAUAAUGUAGCUGAUCUAUUUCCAGAAAUUGGUAAUACACAUGCAAACAAUGGAACGGAGUUUUUGAACGACAUAAUUCCACAAGCAUUUACAUUUACGUCGUUGUAUAACAGAACAUCUAAUAAUUCAGAUCAUUGUGGUAGACUGAAUAUAAUGGGAACAAUUGUUGAAGAUUCCGGACCCUAUUUAUAUCCAUUUAUUAUAGAAUUUUCUCUAAUUGGAGCAGCUGUCAUUUUCGUUAUGUGGAAGCAUAUUGGACGAAAUCCAAAAUAUGUGAAUCAGGAGAACCUAGAACAUCGUUUGGAGAUUAUGUUAUCUAGAAGAGCGGUUGCAUUAGCCCAAGCACAACAGCACGGUCGUGUCGAUUGUGUUGGUGCUUCUAAAGGAUUGUUCUUCGGAUUGUUGAUGCUAGUGGGAUCCUUGAUAUGUCUUAUUCUGUUUUUUGUGUUAGUUUCAAACAAUACAUUUAGAGUUUUAGCGGUGUAUUUGGCCGAAGUUUCCCAUUGCGCUCUAUUGGUAUUGAGUAUCAUAGCAAUUUUGAUUGGAUUUAUACGAGUGAAAUCAUUGAAGUUCAAAAAAGAAGAGCAAAGUGAUUUAAAUGACAUAUUGCUAAGAAUUUCAGCAUUUGGACUUUUUCUCUAUGCAGUUUUUAGCGUGAUCGCAGGACACUUACAUGCAUUUUCCCAAGACGCUAAUUUAUUAGCAAUGAUUACAGGAAUUCUCGUAGUUAUUCAAGUGAUUCUUCAGCUGCUCUUCAUCGCUGACGUAUCACGUCGUCGAGUUCACCUACCGGAACAUGAUAGGUCCAAACCAGGACGUCAAGUUGUCACGUUCUUAUUAAUUUGCAAUAUAACCAUUUGGAUAAUAUAUACUUUCGAAAUGAAAAAAGUUGAAGAGAAUCCGGUCCAACUAAAAUAUUACGGGUACUUGACAUGGGCCAUGGUUCAAAGACUAACACUGCCACUUUGCAUUUUCCACAGAUUCCAUUCAGCUGUAGCAUUAGCGGAAAUUUGGAAAACUAGUUAUAAACCACGACUUGAAUGAGAAAGUUUAGAUUAAUAAUUCAAUGAUGACAUGUUUUUAAACUCGAGCUAAAUAUUUCCCAGCAAACACAUCGGUGGAGAUAUAGCACUGAUAAUUUAAGUAGACAUUUAAAAUUAUAUAUAAAGAUAUACAUUAUAAACUAUAGAAAUACGUGUUUUACAAAAUCGUAUUAUGUUGAUGGUGUAUUUAAAAAUAUAUAGAGGUAUGGUAAGAAUGUUCAGUUACAUAGUAGCUGCGUUUUAAGCAGUUACUGGUAAAUAAGUUGUCACUAAAUAAUUACUAAUAAAAUAAUAGUUUUAUCAAAUCUGUUGACACCGCUGUAUAUUUGCGAUCAAGAUAAAAAUCAAGCAUGGACUUCAUGAACACUGUGUCAAAAUAUUGGCUGUAGAAAUUUAUAAUUAACUGAUUUGUAGAGCUAGAUAAACCCGGGCAGGUUAAAGGUAUCUAAUGAACGCAAAAUGGAAAGUUUACGACAAAGAGAAAUUAUUGCACAACCAAAAUAACAUCAAAGGUGAAAAGCGAGCAUUUUGAAAUCAUUUUAGCAAUAAGCAGCUCUAUAUUAAUAAUUCAGAGUAAGAAAUUAUUCUUUCAUAAAUAAUUCUUACAUCAUAACGUGCAUGGAAUUCUAUAAUAUUCAUUUAAAAAAGAUGGAUAAUUAUUUUUAAUCAUACACUCUGAUGAUAACUAUUGCAAAUUCCUCCUAAUUUCCAUAAUAUCAUAACACUGCAUUUCCUAAUAUUGAAUUUUGAAAAUAUUUAAUAUUAAAUAUGGAAUAAUUUCGGAUAUUUUACCUUCUUCAUAUUACCUAUCAUUUACCCUAUACACAAACCAUUAUGGCUAAAGAAGAGAUAGAAGAAAACAAUAGUAGAUAACUUAGGACGUUGAAAAUGACAAACUGGAAGAAAACGCCCUAAAUGAGCAAGAAAACAUAGUAGAUAAGUUUUGAAAGGAAAAAUUGCCAAGAUCUGUUGCACUGGAUUGGAAGUGAAAAAGUAAAAUCAAAUACUUGACGUUCAUAUGAAAGUAAUUUCAUUAUUUGUAUUCGAUUAUAUUUUUUGAUAUAUUUCAACUUUAUUGAUAUAUUAGAAAAUAAGAUAUUACUAUAUAUAAUAAGGUGGGUAAAUGUAAAAAAAGUAGUGCUUCCUUCAUAAAAUAGAUGUGUUUGCUGGCUGAGAUCACACAAGAGUAAUGUGAUCCUUCGUUUUUUUACCGACACUAUUUUCGACUGUUUAUACAAAAAAAAAUUGGCGAUGAAAAAUGUAAGUUAGACAAUGCAAUGUUUUACUGUGAGACCAAUUUUACUAACCUUUACCGUUAAGCACAUUCACACCAUCAAAUCGUUUGUGAGUUAUUUUGCCUUUUAUUAUUAACUCAGAUCUCUUCGUUCUCUUUGCUCAAAGUACUGUUUAAAUGUAAUCCUCCUGUAUGUAUUAUAGUGUUAUUUUUUUACUUUCGAUAGAUUUAUAGGCAUAUAUUUAAUGAUUAUUAGCCAUUUUUUUCUAUAUAAUGUACAUGUACAUAAGGUUUUUUGUAAAGAAUUAUUUUUCUGGUCGGAAGAAAUUAAGAAGCAGUUCAAAAAGAAAUUGUUGGAAAUAGUACCAUUCGUAUCGAGGAACAAAAAACUGAUAGAAAUGUGUAGAAAAAUAACAAAUGUGAUACAGUAAUUUAGAAAGUGUUUGGAAAGAAUUUCUAAAAUGAAAAAUUGUACCAGUCUUGAGAUCGAUAAGGAAAGUAAUUAAAUCAAUGAUAGAAUAAUAAAUGAAAUUUUCAAAGAAAAAACAGCAAAAUUAAGAAGUGACUGAAAAAAUCAAUGUACAAGGAUUAAAGGAAAUAUAAAACAAACUAAAGUAGCAAUAUAGUUAUGACAAGGCUACAACGAGAUAGUAUUUUGAAUUCUAAUAAUAAUCGGAAAGUAAAAUAUUUAUCUAACUUCUAUCUUUAGCUUGCAACCUAUGUACAUUGUACAUGUUACUAAUACACUAUGUUACUACCACUAUUGGAUCUGUUCAAUUGAGGAAGGAGCCCGUGUUUUUUCCAACAUUUUCCUUACAUGCAUGUAAAAGCAUGUAUAAAUAUACUGUAUGUGAACGAAACGUUCUCUUUUUGUGGAAUUAUUAUGAUAUUAUUAUUAUGAUAAUCCACUAGUUUUUAUUUGCUGCCAAGUGAGAUAACUGACUGCUAUAAUCAUACUAUACGCAAAAUUUAUGAAAAGUAUGGACUCAAUUUUGCUCCAAGGCAGAUUUUCUUUUAUUUUGAAAACGCCAUCCACCUAGCAUUAAGGCAUUAAGCUGGGUUUGACCAGGUGUAAAUAUCAGCGGUUGCCGAUUCUAUUCAUAUCAAGCAUGACAUCGAACAAUUAAGUUCUGUUCUGAUUAUGAAUCAGAAUUACAAACCAGAAAGGGAACUAUGUGACUAUUUGUUGAAUAUAUAUUCCGUUGAAAACGCAAGCUUUCCUCCUAUUAUGUGGGCGGAAGAGGGUGCUAUGGUUACAAGAACGACUAAUUAUUGUGAAUCUUCUCAUGCAAAAUUAAAUUUUUCUUUUUACGUAACAGAUCUAUCCAUAUAUGUCUUUCUUGAAAGAUGUUAAAAGAAUGUAAAAUUGAAAUGUAUGUAAAAAAACGAAGUUUUGAUGUUAGUAUCAAUUCAAAUGUUUUUUUUUUGGUUCCGAUAUAGAAAUUCGGCGACCAUUUUACCUAUAGGGAUGGAAUGAACCCUUAAAUUCCGGUGACCAAUUUACAUUUGGGAUUAGCGGAGCAAAUAAUUUUGGUGACGAGUUCAGCACCGCCGUCGCAUACGAACCAAAUAUGCUAGGGAAGCCAAUUAAGAGAGGCCUGGUUGCUAAACGUAUAAAUAGAAAUACUUUCUGAGAAAGCAAAUUUAGACGUAUGUGAGAAGUUUUUAUUCUGUACUUGAUAGUGGUACAGACUUUGAUCUACCUUUUUUUUUGUCCAGAGGUGAGGUGGAAGCUAAUGCCUUCCUCACAACGGGCGAGUGCAAAUGCUGUGAAUUUGUGUGGGACUCUCACCCACUAAACCACCCUCCUCAAUCCUUGGGAGUGCCGUACGCCGGGAGGACAACAAAUUGUCAUUGCAUCAGCGUACAACACUUAAUCCUUUGGAUUUUUUGAGCUGUUUCUUAGCUUCACUCCUCUACACCAGUCCGUCAAGACGGCACGAGAAGAGAGGAAGUUACUGAGCCACUCCACCAACUUACAGCUCCCAGGAGUGGCACUACUCCUCUACCUUAAAUGAACAGAUUCAUUCAUUCAUAUUUUAUUCACCUCCGCAUUUUUAAGAUAUUUAGUUGAAAAUUCACGAAGAAAAAUAUUUAUAUAUUUUUAAGAUGUUUUAUAUACUAAAAAUACUAGUCAAGCAAUUAUUUAUUUAUAAAGUUGCAAAUAUAAAUGGAAUUUAUUUUAGAAAAAGUUUACUGACAAAAGACCCGGAGACGUUAUACAGCAGGCAUAUUGUAAUUUUUUCCAAGGUUCAAUUCUAUUAUAUACCAAACAUAUCUAUAAACAGAAAAUAUGUACAGGUAUUUAUUUAUUACUUGAUGUUUUCUAAGCGAUAUAAGAUACUUAUAAGCACAAAAAUAUUCAUUUAAAAUUUAAAAAAUUAGAAUAGUUCCUGCAAAUUGUCGUGUAUUAAUUAAGAUUUAAUUGUUUGCUAACAUUUUUGAUAACACAUUCUUCAAAUAUGACUCAAGUCGCUGAAAUUCUGCAACAUAAGUUUUCUUGAUGAUAUUUAUUACUGAAAAUCAAAUUUCGCUUUAUAAUAAAAUAUUUCACAUUAAUCAUAAAUGUAAUUAUCAAAAUCUACGUUUUUGUACUAGGAUAUAACAAUUUACAUAUGUAAUUUGUAUAGUAAUGUGCAUAUAUAAACAAUAUAAGUUAGCAAAAUUAACAACAUAACACAUAAUUUUAUAAAAAACGUGCAAAAAUUCAAGAGUUAUGAAGCGAGAAGGGUUGCAGAGGCAUUUUACAAAAAGCAACUCACCCAUUUAUUAACAGUUUCGUGAAAAAUUGAAAUUUCACAAAAAAAUUAACAGGGCUAAACGUUACUUCUAAUAUACAGCAAUUAUUUUUGGCAAAAUAUACACCAACCUAACAAAAGUUUAGGUAGAUGAAUAUACAAUGAACGAAAUAUGUCAACCAGCCAAUCCUACAAUACAACACUCAUUUAUAUACCUGUUCUAAUUUGGUUAACUAGUGUCUGACUUGAGAUUGAUGGCUCUAAGUUUAACUUGAAUUACUUAGACUAACAUACAACUCAUUAUUUUUUACCGUGAAUAACAGCUUUUAAUACUUAAUCGCUGAGCAAAUUAUAAAAAACUAAGUUAUAAAGUUUUAGCGUCUUAUUAACACUGCCCUUUAAAUUAUACUAACUAUAUACCAUUUUUGAAGAAUAUGUUAACAGACGUACGAGAUGUCUGAAUAUAUCAUCAAAAAACGAAGACAUCUGUUGAAUGAUUUCAGGAGAAAUCUGGUUAUAAGCGUAUAUUAACACUACUAUAUUUGUGAGCGGAAAUAAGAAAACUUACAGUAAAUAUGUAUAUACUAUUCUUGUUGAAUAAAGUUGUUAAACUGUAAUAUUCGAGGACAAAACUUUUAAUUGAAUGGAAUAAUCUGAAAUCACGAAAUAAAACAUCCGUCCUAGCCUUGACUUCCGCACGAAAUGUGGGACUUAAGGACAUCUACCCUUUCUAAUAAAGGUAGUUCCGAAUUGGUUCUUCUUCUUCUCUGUUGUAUAAUUGUUAUGUGAACCUUCCACUUUAUUCACCCAUAUAUUGAUAUCAAACGUUAACUCUACUUGGAACCAGUUGGUUCCAUGCAACGUACACACACAAAAUAAUAAAAUAUUUCUUCAAAUAUAAUAAAAACGAGAUGUCAUCUACAUAUUUACAUAGUUAUUAGUUUUUAUUUAUUACGAGUUAACCAGUUCACUUCUGUCAUUUAAAUAUUGUUGGUAAGGAAGUCUUCGAAUUUUUAAUCAAAAGUGACAUAUUAAGUACUUUUUAUAAAAUCAGAUAAUGUAAUUUUAGCUAUCCAUUUUUAUAUGUUGAGAAAAUGAAACCCGUAGUAGGUACUAGUCAAUUUCGUCUUUUCAAAGUCCAAAAGAAUACUACUUUCAGUAAAAAUAUACUUAAUAUGUGUCACAUCUGAUACUCAGAUAUCUAUAAUGUGUAGAUAUGUGUGUUUUCUUCAAUUAGAUUAAUAUGUAAUAGAGUAAAUACUCCGCCCUGUAUAUAGUUCAGAUUUAUUUAUCAAAUGUUUUAUUCAAAUUAGAGAGCCGGAGAUAUAUUCUUACUGUCUAUUCAAUAAGUUCUAAACUAAUAUGUGUAAUAUGUGAUGUUUUCGAAUCUAAUCUUUAAUUUGCAUGGAAAACAUAGUAGUAGUCAGGCCGCUGAAUAUAGUAAUGAACCCAAUCGAAUGCAGUGAAAAUAUAGAAUAUCUAUAUAAUUAUCGCUAGUUAUACAGAAACUACCUCUAAGUCAACACAGUGUCUCAAAUUGGAAUAUUUUGUUUGUGUAUUUCGAAGCCCACUGAAUUGAAGAUAAUUUACUCUCAAUCUGCUUCCAAAACCUUAAUAUAAAAUGAGGUAUGAGUAUAAGGGUCAAG